AUUUCACCAGCUACAAAACUUUUCUAAAUAGAUAUGUAUAUAAACAAAACCACUCUUGUAAGAGUAAUAAGUGGGGUUAGAUCAGAAAAUACCCAAAAUAAAAGAAUAAAAGAGGCAUUAAUUAAUGCAAAGGUUAUAUCCGUCAUUUUGGUGUAAAGUAAAAAGCUUGAAUUUUUAUGGAAGCUGAAAUAAGAAGGCUGUUAUUGUGGCGCUUAGCUUUCGGGAUUUGGUCCAGUCGUCUCUUUUAGAAAGAUUUGACCAACACUGAGGCUGAAGAAGACGAAGAAAGAAGAAGAAAGUGAAGAGCUUUGAGCUUGUCCGUACGGUUUGUGAAUCUCCUUUACUUCCCCAGUUUCCUUAUUUAGUGAGCUUGAUUUGGUUUUUGGAUCCGGUUUCAUUCUCGAAUUCGGGCAUUUCUCUGUUUUUGGUUCUCUUUGGAUUGAAGAAGUCUUUAACCGGGAUCUUCGGUUUUUGUUGCUUUCGUUUUAUCUUUGUUGAAGAUUGAAGAUUGAAAUGGAGUUGCUUGUUGAUUGUGUUAAUCAAAGUUUUUAACUUUUGUUUCCAUCGACACGACUCUGAUAUGUACUUAUAUAGAGCUCUGAUGGGGUUUCAUUAUGAAUUUCAAAUUCAGAUUGAAACAUUGAAACUUUGUUAUGAACAUUUUUUGUUUUUCAUUUGCUCAAUUCCUAAAAAGUAGGAUUCUUUCUAGCUUUUUGGUUUGGUAAAUUUGGCAUACUCUGCCUUUAUUUGGGAGACGUGGAGGAAUCUCUUCUUUUUAAAUGUGAAUUCAAUAUAAAAGUUUAGAUUUUUUUUUAUAUAAAGGCUUUAUGAUUGUAGACUCGUCUUCUUCCAUAAAAGGCUUUCUUUUUGAUAGGAAAAAGGGAUUUUUGUUUGCUCCUCUCUCAUUCUCUGCCUCUCUCUGUGAAAUUUAGAAGUUCUUGUUCUUUCAAGUGGGACCAAGAAUCAGAUGCGUGUCUUAAUUUUCUUGUUUGAUAGAGAUUUGAGCAAGUCUUUGCUUUUGUGACCAUUUAUCUAUUUUCAUGUUUUCCUCAUUAGUUUUAGAUUAUUGCAUGCAUCAAAAGUUAGUUACUCUUUUUUAUUCUUUCUGAUUCUGAUUCUAGAUUCAUACAUCGUGACUUGGAACCUGAUUCUUGCAUCUGCUUUCUUCGUUGAAUAGCUGAGCACAUUCUGUUUCACCAGUUUACUGGAGGUAGCUUCAUGUUUUGUUGAAAGAAUGUUCUCCUUAAGGCUGUGAAGCCUUUUGCUCUGCGGUUUGUCUGAGCGUUUCUGCUUUAGCUUCUUUGGAGAUUUACAUGUCUGGCCUUGACGUACGAGGAGCAGUUUCUUUUGCUGAAAGAACUAAAUCUGUUGAUGCACUUACUAAGAAAGAGAUCCUAUCGGCGCUAAACAGUGGAGAAGUUUCCGAAACUUCUGAGGAUGCUAGGUUCAGAGUUAGGGAGCUGGUUCUCCCCGAUGGCGAAUCCUACAGUGGUUCUUUGCUUGGAAAUGUACCCGAGGGACCAGGGAAGUACAUAUGGUCAGAUGGGUGUGUUUACGAUGGAGAAUGGAGGCGUGGGAUGAGACAUGGAAUUGGAAAUAUGAGAUGGGCUUCCGGGGCAUCUUAUGAUGGUGAAUUUUCAGGCGGUUAUAUGCACGGUUCAGGGACCUAUGUGGAUGCUAACAAGUUAACGUAUAAAGGAAGAUGGCGGCUUAAUUUGAAACAUGGGCUCGGAUAUCAGGUUUACCCUAAUGGAGAUGUCUUUGAAGGUUCUUGGAUUCAGGGAUUGGGAGAAGGACCAGGGAAGUAUACUUGGGCUAAUAAAAAUGUCUAUCUCGGGGAUAUGAAAGGCGGGAAAAUGUCAGGAAAGGGUACACUUACUUGGGUUACCGGAGAUUCCUAUGAAGGAAGUUGGUUGAAUGGAAUGAUGCAUGGUGUUGGUGUAUAUACGUGGAGCGAUGGAGGUUGCUAUGUUGGGACAUGGACACGGGGUUUGAAAGACGGUAAAGGCUCGUUUUAUUCAGCGGGAACCAGAGUUCCGGUAGUGCAAGAGUUUUAUUUAAAUGCUCUUAGAAAGAGAGGUGUUUUGCCAGAUAUGAGAAGACAGAACCAAGUUGCUUCCUCGGUUAAUAUGGAAAACCUUAGAGUUGGUGUGAACCGUAAUAAGCUCUCAAAAGGGAGCUUAAUAAACUUAGAACAGUCCCGCAAUGGAAGGGUUUCUUUAGAAAGACGUUGGAGUCUUGAAGUAUCUAUUGAGAAAGUGAUUGGACAUGGUUACUCGGAUUUAUCUACGGCAGUUUUAGAUAGCGGAAGUAGUGUGCAGUAUAAAGCUAACAUACCAAUCUUGGAGAGGGAAUAUAUGCAAGGUGUUCUGAUCAGUGAGCUUGUGGUAAACAACGGGUUUUCGCGCACAUCCAGAAGAGCAAAAAGGAAACACAAAAGACUUGUUAAAGAAGCUAAGAAGCCUGGAGAAGUUGUUAUUAAAGGUCACCGGAGUUAUGAUCUGAUGCUCAGUUUGCAGCUUGGAAUCAGAUACACAGUGGGGAAAAUUACGCCAAUACAAAGACGACAAGUUCGGACAGCAGACUUUGGACCUCGGGCUAGUUUUUGGAUGACUUUUCCUCGAGCUGGCUCCACGAUGACUCCUCCGCACCACUCGGAGGAUUUUAAAUGGAAGGACUAUUGCCCAAUGGUAUUCAGAAACCUGAGGGAGAUGUUCAAGAUCGAUGCAGCUGAUUAUAUGAUGUCCAUUUGUGGAAAUGAUACUUUAAGAGAACUUUCUUCUCCAGGGAAGAGCGGCAGCGUCUUCUUCCUGUCGCAGGAUGAUCGGUUCAUGAUCAAAACACUCAGGAAAUCUGAAGUCAAGGUUCUUCUGAGGAUGCUUCCAGAUUACCAUCAUCAUGUGAAGACAUAUGAGAACACCCUCAUUACUAAAUUCUUUGGCCUUCACAGAAUCAAACCAUCAAGUGGUCAAAAGUUCCGUUUUGUGGUGAUGGGUAACAUGUUCUUUACAGAUCUAAGAAUCCAUCGGAGAUUUGACCUUAAAGGUUCGUCCUUGGGACGCUCUGCAGACAAAGUCGAGAUAGACGAGAACACGAUACUUAAAGAUUUAGAUCUGAACUACAGCUUCUUCUUGGAGACUUCUUGGCGGGAAGGUUUACUGAGGCAACUAGAGAUCGAUAGCAAGUUCUUGGAAGCACAGAACAUAAUGGAUUACAGUCUUUUGCUCGGUGUGCAUCAUCGAGCUCCACAGCACUUAAGAUCCCAAUUGGUCCGUUCUCAAAGUAUAACAACUGAUGCUCUGGAAAGUGUAGCUGAAGAUGAUACAAUCGAGGACGACAUGCUGUCUUACCACGAAGGAUUGGUUCUCGUUCCUCGGGGAAGUGAAAAUACUGUAACUGGCCCUCACAUCAGAGGCAGCAGAUUACGAGCAUCCGCUGUUGGUGAUGAAGAAGUAGAUCUCCUUCUUCCUGGAACAGCCAGGCUGCAGAUACAGCAAGGAGUGAACAUGCCGGCAAGAGCAGAGCUGAUACCGGGAAGAGAAGAUAAAGAGAAGCAGAUUUUACAUGACUGCUGCGACGUCGUACUCUACCUUGGCAUUAUAGACAUCUUACAAGAGUACAACAUGACCAAGAAGAUUGAACAUGCUUAUAAAUCUCUUCACUUUGAUUCUCUUUCGAUCUCAGCCGUUGAUCCAACAUUCUACUCCCAACGUUUUCUUGAGUUCAUCAAGAAAGUAUUUCCACAGAACAACAAAUCAUAGACAGAGAAUUGAGUACAGAGUUUUAUGUUUUUUUUUGUAGAGAUAAAAAAGAAUUCUAUGUUGUAAGUAUGUUGUAUACAGAUCUUGAGAGCUUCAAUAAAUAAGUAAAAAACUAAUUCUCCU